AUGCAGAGAUCACCAGCUUUGGCGAGGAGCUUUGCUCGUAAAAUCCUUCAUCCCAACCAUCCCCAUAACCAAAUCCGAGCAAUAGCACGGCCAUGCGACGUGUUCAUAAACCACCGGGGGAUCGACACGAAGAGAACAAUUUCCGGUUUGCUCUACUACCACCUUUCCAUGCUCCGGCUCAGGCCUUUCCUCGACAGCCAAAACAUGAAACCUGGGGAAAAGCUGUUCCACAAGAUUGAUCCCGCUAUUCGAAAUUGUAAGAUUGGGAUUGCCGUGUUUUCUCCCCGGUACUGCGAGUCCUAUUUUUGUCUCCAUGAGCUCGCUCUUCUAAUGGAGUGCAAGAAGAGGGUUAUCCCCAUCUUUUGUGACGUGAAACCGUCGCAGCUUCAGGUUAAGGAAGACGGAACUCGUCCGGUGAAAGAGCUGCAGAGGUUCCGCUCGGCGCUUGAAGAAGCUAAAUUUACCGUUGGACUCACCUUUGAUUCGUCAAGCGGGAAUUGGUCGGAAUUCCUACUGUCUGCUUCGGAUGCAAUCAUAGAGAAUUUGCUGGAGGUAGAUGGUGAACGACUGCAUAAAUUUACAUCACAGCUGUGA